AUGAGCCACAACGGGGAGAAGGAAGGGGACAGGGGCCUCCUCGGCACUCCGGGGGGUCCCGCUAAGGCCUGGAGGACGGAUAACACAGACUUCAAGCAGCAACGGCUGCCCGCCGGGGAGCCCAUCCUCACGGCGGGCACAGUGCUGCCCGCCUUCCUGGCCAUCAGCCUCCUCUUCAUCCCCCUGGGCGUCGGCCUCUACGUCACCUCCAGCAACAUCCAGGAGAUGGUGGUGGACUACACGGGGGUGGAACCUUCCAGCCCCUGCCGGAAGUGCCUGUCCCCGGAGGUCACGCCCUGCGUCUGUGCGGUCAACUUCACCUUGGACCGGCCCUUCGAGGGCCGCGUGCUCAUGUACUACGGACUGAGCAAUUUCUACCAAAACCACCGGCCCUACGUGAAAUCCCGGGACGACCGGCAGCUGCACGGGGACCCCCAGGCUCUGCUGCACCCCAGCAAGGAGUGCGAGCCCUACCGGCGGCACCGCGGCCUGCCCAUUGCGCCCUGUGGCGCCAUCGCCAACAGCAUGUUUAACGACACACUGCAGCUGUUCCUGGUGACCCGGGACCCUUCGGGCCCCGCGCUGACACCCAUCCCCCUGGGGAAGAGGGGCCUGGCCUGGUGGACUGACCGACGCGUGAAGUUCCGAAAUCCUCCCGGAGAGAAGAGCCUGCAGCAGAGAUUCCAGGGGACCACAAAGCCGGUCAGUUGGCGGAAACCGGUAUACAUGCUAGAUGAUGAUGAUGAUGAUGGUGGCGGUGAGGACAAUAAUGGGUUCCUGAAUGAGGAUUUCAUCAUCUGGAUGCGCAUUGCAGCUUUGCCUACUUUUCGGAAGCUAUAUCGCCUUAUCGAAGGGAGAAAUGAUUCGCAUCCCACGCUACCAGCUGGAAGAUACUAUUUGAACGUCACCUACAACUACCCUGUGCAUUCCUUUGACGGCCGCAAACGGAUGAUCCUGAGCACCACUUCAUGGAUGAGAGGAAAAAAUCCAUUCCUGGGCAUUGCUUACAUGGCCGUGGGGUCCAUCUCCUUCCUUCUGGGGAUUGUGCUGCUAAUAAUUGAUCACAAAUAUAGAGACAAUAAUUAUACUGUUGAUGUUACCAUUUAG